AAAGAAUUUUUUUGGUUCAUGUUUUCUUUCCUACAUUCUCUAUUUAUGAGACAAUAUUGUGAGUCAUUUUAUAAAUUUUUAGAGUUACAUUGUGCAGUGUAAUGUUGUGUACCAAUAUAUAUAAAUUACAAAUUAAUUGUUAAAGUUAUUUAUAUCUGCAAAGAAAAUAAAAUUAUGUUAUACAUACAAGUAUAAAUAUGGUCAUGGCCUCAUUACAUAUAAAUCACACAGUAUCAUUGAAAGUAAAUGAUAUUACAAUACAGUUUUCUUCGAUAAUUGAAAAAUUGCUAUCACUAACUAGUACAAAGUUUAGUGACAAGAAACAAAUCAAUGCAUGUUUACGUGAUCUCAACGAACUGGAUUUUAGAUAUCUCAAUAUUGUAAAUAAUGAUGCUGUAUUAUUGUUAGUGAAUCAACUUUGUGGGAGUGUUCCACCUACAGAAACAUCUUUAGUUCAAAAUAUUUGUAAAUUUCUAUAUAAUCUAACUCAAAGUAAUAUCAAGUUGCAUGGUCAGACGUUUGCAAUUUGUAAACGAUGGAUCUUAGAAGUAUUGGAAUUUUCUGAAUCAUUGGCACAAAUUGAUGUGUUAAUUGUUAUAAAAAGCUUCUUACACAAUGUAUAUUUUGAUGAUAUCAACUAUUAUGUACGUUUGUUACUCAGGGAUAAAGGAUUAUUAAUGAAACAUUUAAAUCCACUAUGUAAUCCAUGGUCUGAAAACAAUUUUCAUGCACUUGGCUGUUUAGAAGAAAUUGUAGCAAACAAAAGUAAUAGUGACUGUUUAUCAGAAGAAUUUUUAAAUUUGAUAAAAGAUAUAAUUUUUAAUAUUUUAUCAUACUUACCAUACCGGCAUGAUGACAAGCUUUUUUAUAGUAAGAUCAUACACGUGUGCUUGCAUAUUUUACAUUGUAUAAUGAUGGGAAAAUUAAUUUCUGAUUCCCCUGAUUUUAUUGGAGAAAUAUUAGGAGUGACACAGGCAUUUUUAUUUCAUGGUAUUAAAGGUUAUUCUGCAAUGAGGCCGCAAUUACUUCGUCCUGCAGCAAUGAAUCUUCCAGAACGCAUUCAUGUAGUUCCAAAAUGCAAGAAUCUCAAAAAUCACAAAGGAAAGCCAAAGAAAACAUCUACUAAAAAGACUACAUCUUGUGCAGGAAAUAAUACCCUUUCAGAAUACUGUGGAAUUUCCAAAUAUUCCAGUGAUUCAGAUACAUCAGAUACAGAAAUUAAUAAUUCCAUUCAGAUGGAUUCCAAAGUGAGAUUGGGAGCUAUACGUUUAAUACAGACUCUUGUAGAAAUUACUCAGAGUAGAGACAUUUUUGGAUAUUGGCCACAAAUUGUAGCUACUGGUUCACGAAACGAUGCAAGAGUAUUGGCAAGAAGCAUAUUGGUAGAGCCUGCAUCUAAAGUUAGACAAAAUGUUUUGAGUACAUUGACUGAAUUGCUAAUAGGUGCCAAACCAUUCUUGAUACACGCAGAAGAUACCAAUCAAACUUCUUUCAUUACAUUUUUCGGCACAGUAUGCUUAAUGAUCAAAGAACUGCAUUUUACACUGGCAUUAAUUUUGCUUGCCGAGAAAAAUGUAGCUGUGCUGACGCACGCAUUGAAAUGUACGGCGGCUCUUGUGCAAAGUACGCCAUACGAACGACUGAAACCAGGUUUGGCUACCAAAUUAGUUAGGAAUUGUAGGCCGCACAUAUUUCACAAAGAUCCUACUGUACGAGUUGCAGCGCUAUCCAUUUUUGAAGCGUUUGCUUCCAGCGAACCUCUUACUCAAGAAAUAUUAAACAUAUUAGCAAAACAGUCUAUGAAUGAUGUAGAAUCAGAAAAAUUACAGCUUAAUAAUGGUUCCAUUAGUGACAUUGGAACAGAGGAAGAGGAAAUAGAUAUUGAAGAUGUCAAUAAUUUGGCAGAUAGUUCUAAUGAGACUAAAACAUCAAAAGAUGAAAGUAUCUGUUUAUUGGUUCGUGUUUGUUUAGAAAAUAUAUCUAAUAAGACAAUUAGUACACCUGUGCGACUUCAAUCUUUAAAACUCAUGGGCAGAUUGGUUUUUAAUGCAAAAAACCUCGUAUUUCCUCACUUGGAGAAAGUGACUACAACUUUGAUCUCAGUUAUGGAGGAAUCAGAGAGUCAAGUGAUAUUACACUCGUGUCGAGUUUUAGAAAUUAUGUCUGGUCUGGCAAAUACUGAAACCUGUCAUAGCGAUGGUAUAUUAUUCUGGAACAUUAUAUUUGAAUCUAUAAUCUUACUCGUACAAACAUCACAGACUAUAUUGCGAGAAGCUGCUUGCGAUUGCCUAGGUAGCAUAAAUGGAAAUGUAUUUACACAAUUAUCGAGAAAAAGAACGAUAUUAAUAAUUACGAUACUAUUUGGAGCAGUUCGCGAUGAAGAAAGUGCUGUAAGGGCUGCUGGAUUACGUGCGUUAGGGAUGUUGGUGACUUUGUCAGCAUUAGAAGACGAUACCGGCUUUCUCAUGGAUCUGGCUGAUAUAGUUUGUUUGGCUUGCGAUGACAAAAAUCUCGGUGUUCGUGUGAAAAGCGCUUGGGCAUUAGCGAAUUUGUGUGAUUGUCUUUCUAGACAAAGACAGCAUGAAGAGAUGGAGCCAUUACCUUUAGAAGUUUUGUUACCUAAAUUAUAUCAUGUAAGCAUUAAGGCUGCAAAAGACAACGAUAAAGUGAAAUGUAACGCUGUGAGGGCAAUUGGUAGUAUUUUAUACUUAUGUCCACAAAAGGAUAUACUUUCUGAUACGACAUUAGGAUUGGAUGCACUUAUUAAAUGUGCUGUCUUAGGAAAUGACAUGAAAGUACGAUGGAACGCUUGCCGAGCCUUAGGAUUGGUCUUAAGCCAUAAUCCAGACGCAAUAUUAUCACCUACUUGGAAAGAUCAAGUAUUUCCAGCACUUUCUACUUUGAUAUGUGACAGUCCUAAUUUUAAAGUGCGCACUAACGCCGCGUGGGCACUGUCCUCAUGCGAUAGCUAUGGCAAAUAUAUUGUAAUGUUAUGGAAAAGUAUCGUAUUAGCAUUUGAAAAUGCUCAACACGUCCCAAGCUACGUUGAAUAUCCACAUCGUGAUGCACUUAUUCAACAAUUGUGCCUUACUCUUAGUCGUGUGGCUGCCUGUACAGAAAAAUCUGACCUGCAAAAUCUUUGGGUCGAAAUUGGCGACCACGUAGAGGAAAUUUCCAAUUUUAUGAAGCAAUUUCAGGAAACCGUUUUGCCUGAAAAAUUGGGAGAUUUAAUUAGAGCAAAAGCCCAAUUGGAACAGCACGUGAAGAAUGCACGUUGUAAUGAAGAACGACAAAUCGCUCAAUCAUUGGCAAAUAUAUUUGAAAAAACUAAUCGCUAUGACAAUUUAGAUUACAGCUUCAAUAUAAAUUCGUAAUACUAAAAUAAUGAAAAAUAAAACAAUGUAUUUCCUAAUAUAAAAAUGUUUAUUUCUAAAUCUUGCUAACAGAAAGAAAAAUUUU